AUGUCGACCACCACCAAACCAACUAUCCUCCUCGUGCAUGGCGCAUGGCACGGGUCAUGGUGCUGGAAGUUUCAAAUUCCCAUGCUCGAGGCUCUUGGCUACAGCGUGGAAACUGUGGACCUACCAUGCACCAGUAAAGUCCCCGGUACGACCCAAUCUGACGACGCUGCGCAAGUGCGGUCCAGUGUGGAAUCGCUACUUAGCAAGGGCAAGAGUGUCAUUGUCCUGGCACACUCUUACGGAGGAUCCAUCGCCAGCGCUGGAAUGAGGGGACUAUCGGGGGAACACAAUGGCAUGCUGCUAGGUUUGAUCGCUUUAUGUGCGGUUAUGCAUCCUGGUGGAUACGACCAAGGCGAGUUCAUUCGCAACGCCGGCAGUUUGCCUUUUGUUGUGUCGUGGGACUCCCCGGUUGAAGGUCUGUGUGUCGUCAAAGAUCCGGCUAGUUUAUUCUAUACACCAGAUGUGCCUGCGGAUCGGAUUAAAUGGGCACUGCCACAGGUCCGUCCUCACAGUAUGGCCGCUUCCAUGGACAUUGUGCCACCCCAAGUCUGGCAAGACGACCAUUAUACUGGUCAACUGGGAUAUAUCAGGUGCACGGCUGAUGUGUCCAUUCCGAUUGAGCGUCAAGACAGUAUCAUUGAAGCCGCAGGUGGCCAGGAAAGAUGGGUAAUCCGAACUCUUGAAGGAUCCGGUCACAGCCCCUUUUUGUCAUGUCCGGAUCAAGUAGCUACAGCGAUCGAUGAGAUCGUGAAGGAAUUUGAAGCCAAGUUAAAAUAA